AUGGCCAGCUGUUCGCCGAUUGUGACUCGGGGCACUUCCGCGCCAACCAACGUGGACGCCCCCACCACCGCAGCUACCACCUUGAAUGGUGCUCGGACUUUGCCAGCUCUCAACUUUUGGAACGCCCUGUUGACUGCAAACAUGGCUGGGCUCAUUGGCCCUAAUGCGCUGGGUGCCGAAGCCUGGGACCUGCGCUCCUCGUAUGGCUUUUCCCUGAACCACCAGAACGAUGGCGUCUUCAAAUGGUUUAUCGAUCGCCUCUGCUCCGGUCAAUGGGAGCCCCAGAGCUUUGCCAUCCUCAAAGAGUAUGUGCGUGAGGAUAGUUUGGUUUUGGACAUUGGGGCCUGGCUUGGUCCUCUGGCCCUCUAUGCCCUGGCCGUGGCCCCCGGAUCUCGCGUGCUGGCCGUGGAGCCCGAUCCAGUGGCACGCCAACUUCUCGCGGAUAACCUACGCCUCAAUCGGGCCCUUCUCCAGGCAGACCAGCGUGUCACCGUCUGUGCACACGCCCUGGCCCAGACCUCAGGCACGGCAACCUUUGGCAAUGCCCAUUAUGGCUUUGGUGACUCCAUGUCCAAGCUUGGAGACGGGGAUCUGGUUGUGCCAACGCUCUCUUGGGAGCAAUUUGUACACCAAUAUCAAGUCGACCUCGAUGUGGUCAGCCUGAUCAAGAUGGAUAUCGAAGUGUCAGGUGGUGAAGAACACGUCGUGCCAGACAUGGCCUCGCAUAUAGCAGCACAUCGUGCCCAAGGCGGCCAAGUCCCUCCGCUGUACCUGAGCUUACACACCCCGAGCUACAGCUGUGGUGCCGAAACCACCCUCCAGCUCCUGCAACACAUCCUUCGCUGUUACGAUCAGCUCUUGCUGUUGGAGGCUCAGGUCGUGACCUCCAACAUUGACAAGUGUCGCUGUUUUGUUGAGAAGCACGGCCACGGCAGUGUCUUGUGCGUCGUGAGCCCAGACGCCAACCGUUGA